AGUUGAUUUGAGGCCAUUGAUUGGUAAACGUAACUAAAUCGUACACUGCCAUUCUUUUACAUUGUACUUAUCAGUGUCUCGCUUAUCUACCAAAGGACGACUGCAGAAACUCUGAUUUGCAUUAAGUUGCUUUUAAUUUGAUCUCAAGGGUAUCAAAUAUUACGAAAUUCGAAGAUGUUUGAUGGUGUAGAAGCAGCACCGCCUGUUAAGGUGUUCCAACUAACAGCUGAUUUCAAAGCGUGCACAGGGCCUAACAAAGUCAACUUGGGUGUAGGAGCCUACCAGACUAAUGAGGGCAAGCCGUAUGUGCUGAAAGUGGUGAAGGAGGCGGAGCAGAGGAUAUCGAAGGACUUCACCCUUACCCACGAGUAUCUGCCCAUAGAUGGGCUGGCCGCCUUCACAGACGCAUCCACUGCUGUCAUGUUCGGAAAGGAGAGUCCUCUCGUUGUCAAUAGAAAGUACAUAGCAGUUCAGUGCCUCGGAGGAACGGGUGCUCUUAGAUUGUGCUCUGAGUUCAUGUUCCAGUGUCUCAAACGCUCAGUUGCCUACGUUUCGAAACCCACUUGGCCAAAUCACAACGCUAUUCUGAAAACGGCAGGCAUCACUGACGUUCGAUCCUAUAGAUAUUGGGAUCCGAACACCAAAUCAGUCGACUUCCAAGGAAUGGUUGAAGAUCUCAAGGGAGUUCCCGAAUAUGCCGUGAUAUUUCUACAUGCUGUGGCUCAUAACCCCACCGGAAUGGAUCUUAGCACAGAGCAAUGGCAGGAAAUCUUGGAUAUCCUAAUAAAGAGAAAUGCGACGAUAGUGAUGGAUACAGCGUACCAGGGCUUCGCCUCUGGAGACCUUGACAAGGACGCAGCUUCAGUGCGUAUGCUGGCAGACAAAGGAGUCGAGUUCUUCGUCUGUCAGUCCAUGUCCAAAAACUUCGGAUUGUACAAUGAGAGGGUGGGCAACAUGAUAGCAGUGAUCCACAAUGCGGACAAGGUGGAGGCCGUUAGGAGUCAGCUGAAGAGGAUAGUGAGGGCCAACUGGAGCAACCCGCCCUCUCACGGGGCACUAGUGGUGGCCACCAUCCUCAACGACGAAACACUAGCACAGCAGUGGCGUCUGGAGCUGAUGGAGAUGGCUGGUAGGAUUAAAGACAUGCGACAGCUGCUGUACGAGAAACUGCAAGUGCACCAGAUCACAUGGCCGCAUGUCAUCAACCAGACCGGCAUGUUCUCCUUCACUGGACUCAACCCUGCCCAAGUCAAGUUCUUACGAGACGAGUACGACGUUUUCCUAAUGGAGGAUGGACGGGUGAACAUGUGCGCAUUCACCACUUCAAAUGCCCAGUACAUUGCGGACGCCAUUGCAGCUGCCGUUAAUAAGGCGUGAUUGACAUUAGCCAUCCAGCACUGACCAAACAACUCUUAACUGUUCAUAUAAGAUGUUGACCUGAUCUUUUGUAACUGUCGAAAUUAUGAUAGUUGAUUCUCAAUGCACUUGAAUAAUGACUUAAAUAUUGAUUAAAAACAUAUUGAUUAAAAAUAAUUGUUUGUAAUAUAGCAAAGUUUCUGUUUUUAAUUUGACUUCUAUGGACUUA